AUCGCCGUUUCAUUCCAAAGUCCGUCAUAUUUUUAUCGUUUUCACUCGCAAGCGGACGGCCAGCGCUCUUAUCACCCUUCAUACGGCAUCCUUGAUUGUAUUUUCUCACACACGGCUGGAAUCAAAAAUCUUUCUGCUUCAUUUCCUGGCCAGCAAUGCGUAACAGAUCGCGGUUGUUGAAAUAAAUAGAAAAUUCCCUGAUUUUCUUGCGCAAUCCGUCCAUAAAUUCCCUCCAUUUUUUGUGCCUGUUUUCUGGGGAAUUUUCAUGUUUGAUUAAUUGGCGAAUAUGUCGGGGAGUAUUUCGGAGGAGACGUACGCCCGCGGCCUCGGCGGGCAGGGACGGUCGGGCUCCCUGAGUCAGGCGGGGGGUCGCAUGUUCCACUACACGGACGCCAUUGUCUGCGGUGUGCCUGACAGUUUCAUCCGCGGUCAGACGUCGCUGUCGCUGGCCACCCCGGUGGAUGUGCGUAAAGCUCGCGAUCAGCACCGUGUGUACGUGGAUGUACUGCGGAAAUUGGGGAUGGAUGUGUGGGAAUUAGACCCGGAUGAAGCCCUUCCCGACAGUCCGUUCGUGGAGGACACGGCGGUGAUUAUCGGUCCGACAGCGUUAGUGUGCCGUCCGGGUGUGGCCAGCCGUGAAUCUGAGGUGAAAGUGGUCAAAUCCAUCCUGAUGAAAGAAUUCCCCGACAUUGAGCUGGUGGAGAUGAAGAAUGAACGGGCGCGGUUGGACGGCGGCGAUGUGCUAUUCACCGGUCGGGAGAUCUUUGUGGGCAUUUCCAAGCGGACAAACGAACUGGGCGCCCAGGAAGUGGCCCGCGCCUUCCCGGAUUAUCCCUGUUUGGGGGUGCGCGUGGAGAAUGCGCUGCACCUGAAGACGCUGGUCACCCUGGCCGGGCCGCGCACCCUGGUCGCCGGCGACAGUCCCAGUGCACGCAAAAUGGUCCAGAAAAUUGAGAGCGAUGCGAUCUACCGCUACGACAUCAUCCAUGUGACGGACGAUCUGGCCAACACGGUGUACGCCAACGGCACACUGGUGCACAAAGCCGGAUAUCCCAAUGCCGCUAAGAUUCUGACGGAGAAGUUGCGAUGCCCGAAAGUCAGCGUGGAUUUGAGUGAGUUCGCCAAGCUGGAAGGCCACCUGACCUGCUGCAGUCUGCUGUUGUCGCGCACCGCAUCCCUUGGCGGCAAAGCGCGGACCUUCCAGCGCUAAGAGUAUUUUUGUAUCCAGUUUACACGGGAAAACCUUUCCAGCCAUCCUACCUAAUCAAGUUCCAGUCGGGUGUGUGGAUAGUGAAGUGUGGCAGCCGGGAAUUGAUGGGUCUCGAAUAAGCGCCUUUGGUGUGUGUUCAGCCUUUUUAUGAAGUGCUUUUAUUCUUUUAUUUUCUUUUUAACUUUGUAUAACGAAAAAUCCGCCCAACGAUGGUGCCUUAUGUUUGUAAUGCGGCCUUCGGUGUCAGUUCGGGUGUAUAAGCAUUCCCUUCUCGCACUUCCAUAAGUAUGGAUCAAAGGA